CUUGGAUAAGAUGAAAUAAAAAAACCCAACCAAUCAGAGUGCGGGAUGGCUACCUGGUGUGGCCAAUGAGAGAGACAGAAGUGGACGCUGAGGGGGGAAAAGUGCGCUGGGAUUGGCUUUUAGCUAGCCAAUCAGGGAUCUUAAGCUGGAAAGCGAGGGGGCUGCAGUAGGGGGACUUCGAGCAGCGACUAGCCGGCAGGAAUGCAAAGGAUGGGUGAAGUGGAGAUCUCGGCCCGGGCGUUUGUCAAGAUGUGCCUCCACGCUGCACGUUACCCCCACGCGGCAGUGAACGGGCUGCUCUUGGCUCAAAGGCAUCCGACGACGGCCGGGCAGCCAGAAUGCCUCUGCGUUACGGACUGCAUCCCUCUCUUCCACACCAACCUGUCGCUCACUGUCAUGCUGGAGGUGGCCCUGAACCAGGUUGACAUCUGGAGUGCAGCAUCAGAUUUGCUCCUUGCUGGCUAUUACCAGGCCAAUUCUGGAGUCGACGACAAAAGCCCUCCCCCUCUUGCACUAAAGACAGCCGGACGCAUCGCUGAGCUGUAUGAUGAUGCCGUGCUUAUCAUGUUGGAUAACCGCAAGUUCACGAUAAAUCCCCGGCUCCCUCCAAUAACUGUGUUGGAGCAGAAAGAUCGCCAGUGGGUCCCCAAAGACAAGAACCUGGUCAUGUGGAGUGACUGGGAAUCCUCUCGCCAGAUCUGCAAGUCCCUCCUAGAAGCCAAAGCUUACUCCCAGUUGGUUGACUUUGAUGACCACCUGGAUGACAUCCGAGAGGACUGGACCAAUCAGCAGCUGAACACAGAAAUCGCCCAGUUGGUUUCAGUGGCCAAUGGCAAUGCGUGAGGGAAUAGAAUCGGUCCUCAGCAGCCUGAAAGGGCAAGGAGAAGGACGGAGCAUCAUUUGAACUGGUCAGCUGCUCCCCAUCCAGCCCAUAGUUUAGGGUGACUGAAGAAACUGUGGAUUUGUAGCUGAUGACUUCUUAUUCCUUUUCUUCCCCCAGAAAAAGACUUGCCCAAAAUAGCCGUCGUUCUUUGCACACACACAAAAAGGACCCACCAAACCAAUGUUUUGCUCAACGGAUCAUUUUUUUUAAAAAAAAAAUCUAUAUAAUGGAUUCUUCUCAAUACAAAAUUGGAAUUUUUUUUGUUUAUAAAUCCUGCAGUUUGUAAGAGAUUGCAAUUCAAAGUUUUCCUUGCAUUCAGUUUCGUUUCGUUAAUUAAAUUUUAAACUCUUGUCAAA